CUAUAAAAGCCUAUCCACCUACCUGUAUGGCUGCGCUUAAACCGCGACGUGGCAACUCGGGCAAGGGAAAAUCUAAGCCAUCAGAUAUAAGAGAAAGUCGAAGUCACGAAGUUGGUCAGAACGUUAUCAUUCCCUGCGCCAAGAGGAACGUCUUCCAGUUCCUCUGCUAGUACGAUUUCUUCGAAACCCUCAAGACAGUAAACCAGAAGGACUUGAUAAGAAAAGAGGAAUUGAGUAAGAGAGAAGAGAAAGAAAGCAUAGAAGAAGAUUUGAAGAGUUCCAAAACCCCAGAAGCAUGCGGGCUACCUUCGUUCUCGGCUGGCUCCUUCUGGGAGCCUCAGCAUCCCUCGCAGCUCCUUCGGAAGAGGCAGAAGAAUCCACGCCCGAGAUGCUGAUUCCAGAAGCGCGCUCAGCCAUCCUUCUGCCGCCCAACUCUCUCACCAGGGAAGGGUUCCCGGGAUCCGCACGAAACAACGAUAUCUGUGGCAUCCGUAGGAAUUCCGUGCCCGAUGUUAUCACCAGGAUCGUAGGAGGGUCGCCAGCUGAGACUCACGAGUUCCCUUGGCAAGUUUCGCUUCAGUGGCGCUACAAUUGGUACACUUAUCACAUCUGCGGUGCCUCUGUUAUCGAUCAGAAUUGGAUCAUCACCGCCGCCCACUGCACACACCAAUUUACGCCCAAGGAACUACUUGUGGUGGCUGGAGAUCAUCUACUGAAGGAAAAGGAAGGCAGCGAGCAGUCACGCUAUAUCGAACGCAUCGUUGAACACGAGAACUACAACGCCAACACGCAGGAAAAUGACAUAGCGCUUAUCAAGCUGUCGUCUCCUCUUGAACUCGACGGCAUGACAGUCUCCCCCACGUGCCUGCCUCCCCCCAUGACAAACUUUACAGGAGACUGCGUGGUGACAGGCUGGGGCAAGCUAAGGGAAGGGGGCAAGUCGGCCGACCUCCUGCAGAAGGUGAUCGUGCCCAUCAUCAGUGACAAGGAGUGCGAGGAUUCCUACAGGGUCAUUGGGUACACAGGACCUGUUGUGGACUCCAUGAUGUGCGCAGGACAUGAAUUCGGAGGGAAGGACGCCUGUCAGGGUGAUUCUGGUGGUCCCUUCGCCUGCCGUGGAGCUGACAACCGCUACUAUUUGGCCGGCAUUGUGUCAUGGGGUAUUGGCUGCGCUCGUCCCAAUGUGCCCGGAGUCUACACUGAGGUGAGGAUAGGGUUGCGUGUGCGAGGGAGAGGGAAAGAAAGUGAGGAGGAGGAGGAGGAAAAUGAUGAUGAUAAUUAUGAUUUUGAUGGUGAUAAUAAUUACGAGAGAGAGAGAGAGGAUGACAAGAAGCAAGGGAUGGGGAUAUUAUUCAAGAUAACAGCUUUAAUCACUACCUUAUUUGAACCUAAGCUGCCAGAGAGAUCAGAAUACCUUGCCAUUACCCCUAGGAUACCAGUACAUGUCUAG